UGCCCGUCCGAUCUCAGCAGCCGGUCCGGGGCGGUAGAAGAGCAAGUGAGGAGAGCGCGCGGUGGCGGGGGAGCCAUCGCUGGAUUGCCACGGGAAAGCGAGGCCGGAGCCUCUGCGUCUAGGAUCAGAAUGGUUUCAAUCCCAGAAUACUAUGAAGGCAAGAAUGUCCUCCUCACUGGAGUUACCGGUUUCCUAGGGAAGGUACUUUUGGAAAAGUUGCUGAGGUCUUGUCCUAAGGUGAAUUCAGUAUAUGUUUUGGUGAGGCAGAAAGCUGGACAGACUCCCCAAGAGCGAGUAGAAGAAGUCAUUAGUGGCAAGCUCUUUGACAGAUUGAGAGAUGAAAAUCCAGAUUUUAGGGAGAAAGUCAUAGCAAUCAACAGUGAACUUACCCAACCUAAACUGGCUCUUAGUGAAGAAGAUAAAGAGGUCAUCAUAGAUUCUAUCAAUAUUAUAUUCCACUGUGCAGCUACAGUAAGGUUUAAUGAAAAUUUAAGAGAUGCUGUUCAGUUAAAUGUAAUUGCUACACGACAGCUUAUUCUCCUUGCACAACAAAUGAAGAAUCUGGAAGUAUUCAUGCAUGUAUCAACAGCAUAUGCCUACUGCAAUCGAAAGCAUAUUGACGAAGUAGUUUAUCCACCCCCUGUGGAUCCCAAGAAGCUGAUUGAGUCUUUGGAGUGGAUGGAUGAUGGCCUAGUAAAUGAUAUCACACCCAAAUUGAUAGGAGACAGACCUAAUACAUACAUAUACACGAAAGCCUUGGCAGAAUAUGUUGUACAACAAGAAGGAGCAAAACUAAAUGUGGCAAUUGUAAGGCCAUCAAUUGUUGGCGCCAGUUGGAAAGAACCUUUUCCAGGAUGGAUUGAUAACUUUAAUGGACCAAGCGGUCUCUUUAUUGCGGCAGGAAAAGGAAUUCUGCGAACAAUGCGUGCCUCCAACAAUGCCCUUGCAGACCUCGUUCCUGUAGAUGUAGUUGUCAACACAAGUCUCGCUGCAGCCUGGUAUUCUGGAGUUAAUAGACCAAGAAACAUCAUGGUGUAUAACUGCACAACAGGCAGCACCAAUCCUUUCCACUGGGGUGAAGUUGAAUACCAUGUAAUUUCCACUUUCAAGAGGAAUCCUCUCGAACAGGCCUUCAGACGGCCCAAUGUAAAUCUAACCUCCAAUCACCUUUUAUAUCAUUACUGGAUUGCUGUAAGCCAUAAGGCCCCAGCAUUCCUGUAUGAUAUCUACCUCAGGAUGACGGGAAGAAGCCCAAGGAUGAUGAAAACAAUAACUCGUCUUCACAAAGCUAUGAUGUUUCUUGAAUAUUUUACAAGUAAUUCUUGGGUUUGGAAUACUGACAAUGUCAAUAUGUUAAUGAACCAACUAAACCCUGAAGAUAAAAAAACCUUUAAUAUUGAUGUACGGCAACUACAUUGGGCAGAGUAUAUAGAGAACUACUGCAUGGGAACUAAAAAAUAUGUAUUGAAUGAAGAAAUGUCUGGCCUCCCUGCAGCUAGAAAACAUCUGAACAAGUUAAGGAACAUACGCUAUGGUUUCAAUACUAUCCUUGUGAUCCUGAUUUGGCGCAUUUUUAUUGCAAGAUCACAAAUGGCAAGAAACAUCUGGUACUUUGUGGUUAGUCUGUGUUACAAGUUUCUGUCAUACUUCCGAGCAUCCAGCACUAUGAGAUACUGAAGACAAGAAUUUAGCAUUAGAACAUCUAUGCAUAUGGUGGUCUAAAUGCACAAAAUAUAAAAUGUACUUAAGUCAUCUCACCUUUUUGUCAAGAGAGUAAACCAUCUUAUAUCAGAAUGUGGAAUAAAUUAUGGUACAUUCUAUGUAACAUUUUAAUGUUUAUGCUCAUAAAAACCUAGUGAACACACUGUGGUAUGCCAGCUCAAAUCUGUAUAGCCACCAAAACUAUGACUUAACAUUUGAUCCCUGGGGAAAAGGGGUGGGGUGAGGGUAGGAGUUGGGAAACAGGAGCACUGACCAGUAUAACUGUGCAAUUCUGGAACAUAGUAAUUAAAAUAUGCCUUAACAUAUAGUGAAUUUCUAAUUCUAAUAUUUGGUGCAGUGGAAAGCAUUUAUUUGGACAGGAAUACUAGCUAAGUUGGUAGAUACAUGAUUCUUCGGUGUUCAGUUUUUUGCAUUGGUUAACGUGGGUUUUAGUUUUGUUAAAAUUAUAGCCAAACCAUUUUUACAUCAUCCUGUAAGUUAUUGAAUAAUCUCAAACAUAAAAAACAUGUUCUUAUUUUUCUUUCUAUGAUGAAAGUCUGAUCGCGUCUUUUUUCUGUAAGCAAUCAGUUGCUUUCAUAGGCAGAAGACUAUAUAUUAUUCUAAAGACCCUACUGGGUGUAAAUGGGCAUGAGAAUCCAUAUCAAUAUGUUAUGUAUUUUUUGAAAGAAAAUGAAAAUGAAUUCAAUAAGACUACUAAUAUCAAAAAUAAAAGGAAUAUAUUUUCCUUGUCCACAUUGUGACCAAAUAAAAAUCAGUCUGGAAACUGGAGGAUUUCCUAAGGCUUUGGUAAGUGGGGUUAGGGAGGAGUUCACCAUACUUGUGCUCUCCUCCCUUUACAAAUUCUAUUAAUAGGACUUUAAAAAGGCUUCUGUUGUCUUUCCAGUGAAAACUGAAAGUGCAUUAUUAUGGAAGAAUGUAUUUGCAGGUAGUCAUAACAUUAAGAAAAUGUUCUCACGUGUCUGUAAACACAUACUAACUCUUGACCUUGAGAGCUGAAUUCCUUCCAGAAAAAUAUGUGUAUAGAAUUAAAUAAAGGACUUUAUUUACAUAUCACAUAAAGUAGCAAACUGUUGAAUUAGUUUGAGAUAUCAUUUAUUUUUCUGCAUGUGAUUUUAGCUUUAGAAAGAAAUGCAUUAUAGAAACAAGUAUUAACAAGAAAAUUAAUGUAUAUUUUAAUGAUACACUAUAAUUUCCUUUAAACCUUAAAGUUAACUCUCCUUACCAUUUAAACAUACAUUUGGUUUAACAGAUUGGUCAGCAUAACAUGUUUUGAUUUAGCUGACCAAGUUUGUACUAUAUUCAAAUCAUCAGCAGUGUAUCUUUAAUAUGUUUAAUAAGGUCAGUUCACAAUACAAGAAGUUACAUAGAACUUCACAUCUUAGUUUUCUUUGCCAAUUAAAUGCCAUGUAUAAGAAAUUUAUUUUGGUACUGUGAAAACUAAAUGUAAAGGAAAUCACCUUCUUCAUGCAGGUGUUUAAUCUUGAAAAGGAAAAAUGUUUCCAUGUUGGAGCCAGAUUUUGUGUAGUAAACUUUUAAACAUUGCUUUAAAAGAAAUGUGUGUGUGUGUGCAUGUGUGUAUACAGCACAUACACACGCACACACACAUACAUAUUCUUUGGAAUGAUACUGAAAUCUUCUUCAGAAUGAUACUAAAGACUUUGGUCUAGGACCAUACCUUGUAUAAGGUGUGAGAGACCAUGACAGUAUCUAAAAAUGGAAUAAAUGAUGACACCAUUGACUUAAAGCCCACUCAAUUAACUAUAGAUACUUUAUGCAAUGAAUAGUCCAUUUCUUCAAAUACAUUUCCAUAAUGUGUUGAAAACAUGCUCACAUUGUAUAAUUUUAGUACUUCUGCCUAAUAUAUGUAGAAUCAGAUGAUUUGUCUCUGUUUCUUGCAGAAGAAUCAGGUAUAACUGUCAGGCUAGCUUUGUCAGGCAUGGGAAAUACAUGGUGGAGGGUGAGGGGUGGCAUGUAUCUUCUGAACUCUGUCAUUGUUAUUGACUUGAAGAAAUGCUAACUGGGAGAGUACUGAGGCCACAGCAUUUUGUGUGUUUGUUUAGAAUUCUGUUGUCAAAAGAAAGCUACUGAGUAAGUUAAUAUGUCAUUCUGGAACUUAAAGUUCUAAAAUUAGUAUAAAUAAUAUGUAGGUUGUUGAUCCCCACCAACUAGACUUUAAAAUUAACUCAGAUUUAGAGUUUGGAAAUCAUUUCUUUGUGUCAUUUGCUAGACAUCAUUUUUAGUUCUGUUUGAUUAUAUUUUCUACACAAACUCAAAUUUUAACAGGGUAGCCUUUUAAAGUAAACUUACUAUUUAACUCAUUGAUAAAGCUGUAUUGUAAAGCAUUUGUUUUUUAUCCUGCUAUUCACUCCUGGUUCUUAUAAUUUGGACAUACGCAUUUGUUAGUUGUGACAUCACUUGUCUAAUUGUGACUGUAUUUCAGUGUGACCUGGCAACGUUAAUAUGUUCUAAAACUCAACAUGGAAUGCUUGGUAAUACAUCCUUUGACUUAAGGAUGGUAUAAAAUAAGCAAUUUUGAAUCUGUAAUAAAGCUUUGAAACAGGGAGGAAAAAAAUCUUCUUUCUCCCCUCUUUUGUGUUUUGUCUGUAGGACCUGGUUCAGAGUUUUUCCUUUUUGUUUUAAAUGUAAAUUAUAAUGUUUUUAAAGAAGUAAAUAGAAGCAUUAUCCGGUGCCUUUGUUUGUAAGCCAAAAAGUAAUAAACGAAUCCCUAUAUUUCCA